CAGCUACAGGCCACAGUCCUCAUACCUUAAUAGGCAGUGGUGGUGCUGGUGGUAGAGGCCAGCUAUUUUGGCUUUCGACAUAGACUUCACACCAACCGCUAUUGCUCCUCCUCCUCCUCCUUCCUUCCCCUUUUCUUCCCCACCCCAUUCCUUAAAUGCCCGCCGUUAUUCUAUUUAUAUAAUUCUAUCUCUUCUACACUCCGAUAUUCUUCUUUGUAUAUAAUAUAUUCACACACUGAUUUACUCCCUUCACAUUCUCUCCACCUUCCACUCCUACCAGUGAAAUGAAACCCCUCAACUAUGGCAGGCUCGGACCCUCCGAACCCGGCGGAUCCUCCCAACCUAUCAACCAACCAGAAUACGCCACGCCUCACCCUUCCCGCAAAAGGGGGGUAAUCCUUCUUUCCCUUCUAUCCAUCGCCUUGAUCAUCGCCUCUGCUGUCUCCGCCGCGCUUUUAAUCUGGCUACGUUCCCGCCCUUCUGGCCAACCAAGCCCAGUUGUAAUCCCGAAGCCCACCAAGGCUAUUUCUAAAACAUGCAGCAAGACUCGGUUCCCGGCUCUCUGUGUUAACUCGUUGCUUGAUUUUCCUGGUUCUACUGCUGCCUCCGAGGAGGACCUCGUCCACAUUUCCUUCAACAUGACUCUGCAGCACUUUACUAAAGCUUUAUACCUUUCGUCGGAGAUCUCUUAUCUCCAGAUGGAUACGCGUGUACAAUCGGCGUACGAGGACUGCCUCGAGCUGCUUGAUGACUCUGUGGACGCGCUUUCACGCUCGCUCUCCACCGUUGCGCCGUCGUUGGAGGGGAACCCCGCCGGACAGAUAAAGCCCGGCGGAUCCACUGAAGACGUGGUCACUUGGCUAAGCGCUGCGCUGACUAAUCAGGACACCUGUACGGAGGGAUUGGCGAGCUUGAAUGGACCUGUGAAGGAUCAGAUGUCCGAUAAGUUGAAGGACUUGUCAGAGUUAGUAAGCAACUGCUUGGCAAUUUUUUCUGCUACCGACGGCGACGAUUUCUCGGGCAUUCCGAUACAGAACCGGCGGAGACUGAUGGAUGCCGAGAUAUCUGAAGAAAAUGCCGAUGAUCUCCCGAGUUGGUUGGGGAGGAAAGAAAGGAAACUGUUAAGCUUGCCGGUGUCGGCCAUACAGGCCGAUAUAAUCGUUUCGCAAGACGGUAACGGGACUUGCAAGACGAUCACGGAGGCAAUUAAGAAGGCGCCGGAGUACAGUAAUCGGCGAACAAUAAUUUACGUAAGGGCAGGAAGAUAUGAAGAGAAAAACUUGAAAGUGGCGAGAAAAAAGUGGAAUCUGAUGUUCAUUGGAGAUGGAAAGGGUAAAACGGUGAUUUCAGGGAGGAAGAGCGUUUUCGAUAAUCUGACGACAUUCCACACUGCAUCCUUGGCUGCUACUGGGGCUGGUUUUAUUGCUCGUGACAUGACAUUUGAGAACUGGGCUGGUCCAGCCAGGCAUCAAGCUGUGGCUCUCCGGGUUGGCGCUGACCAUGCCGUGGUCUACCGGUGCAACAUCAUCGGAUACCAAGACACUCUUUAUGUGCACUCGAAUCGCCAGUUUUUCCGGGAAUGUGAUAUUUAUGGUACAGUUGAUUUCAUAUUUGGUAAUGCUGCUGUGGUGUUUCAAAAUUGCAGCAUUUACGCUCGUAAACCUAUGGAUUUUCAGAAAAAUACUAUCACUGCACAAAAUCGUAAAGACCCUAAUCAAAAUACAGGCAUAUCUAUCCAUGCCUGUAGACUCUACGCCACCCCAGAUCUCGAGGCGGCCAAAGGUAACUUCUCAACAUAUCUAGGUCGUCCAUGGAAGCUUUACUCAAGGACUGUCUAUAUGCAAACGUACAUGGGUGAUCACAUUCAUCCAAGAGGGUGGCUAGAGUGGAAUGCAACAUUUGCACUUGAUACACUAUACUAUGGUGAGUAUAUGAAUUAUGGGACAGGUGGGUCUGUCGGGCAACGUGUAAAAUGGCCCGGGUAUCGGGUCAUCAAUUCAACUGUUGAGGCAAGUAGAUUCACCGUAGCAGAGUUUAUUUAUGGAUCAUCAUGGUUGCCUUCUACUGGGGUGGCAUUUUUAGCUGGAUUAUCAGUUUGAGUAAUAUACAUAUAUUAUAAAGUUGCUACCACGCAUGUCCUUAGUGACUGUAUGCAAGGAUAAUUUUUCUAUUCUUUUUUUGUCGUUUUUGGCAUAAUUCAAUAACCAUUGAAACAGUGAUUGUUCCUUUUCUUGUGCAGUUGUAACUUGGGAUAGAAAGUUGAAGGGAAAUGUUAUCUCUCUUAUUAUUAAAACUGUAAGUCUUGAGAAAUACUAGUGAUGCAUUAAUGAAAUUUGAAAUUCAUUCAA